GAAAGCCGACUGCUUCGCUACCGCCAUUUUACCGUCUGUCCGUCGUUUUCAUGCCCGGUAAUGUUUUGAAGUUCUCCUUGUCCAAUUACUUGAUUUGUAAUACUCCUCCUUAUUUAUUGAAGACGCUGUUACAUCUGUGAACAUGGGCGACAAAGACGGAGAAACCUUCGAUGAUGCAGUUGAAGAAAGGGUGAUAAAUGAGGAAUACAAGAUAUGGAAGAAGAACACACCUUUCUUGUAUGAUCUAGUGAUGACACAUGCUCUUGAGUGGCCUUCACUUACAGCGCAAUGGCUACCUGAUGUGACGAGACCCGAGGGCAAGGACUAUUCCGUGCACAGACUGAUUCUCGGAACUCACACAUCAGAUGAGCAGAACCAUCUGUUGAUAGCUAGUGUGCAGCUGCCCAAUGAAGACGCACAGUUUGAUGCUUCUCACUACGACAACGAGAAAGGAGAGUUUGGUGGAUUCGGAUCAGUGAGCGGAAAGAUUGAAAUUGAGAUUAAGAUCAACCAUGAAGGAGAAGUCAAUCGUGCCCGCUACAUGCCUCAGAACCCAUGUGUCAUUGCCACCAAAACCCCUAGCAGUGAUGUGCUAGUGUUCGACUACACCAAACACCCGAGUAAACCCGAUCCCAGCGGAGAGUGUCACCCAGAUCUGAGAUUGCGAGGUCACCAGAAAGAAGGCUAUGGACUGUCGUGGAACCCAAACCUCAACGGCUACCUGUUGAGUGCAUCAGAUGAUCACACAAUUUGUCUGUGGGACAUUAAUGCCACGCCUAAAGAGAACCGCAUCAUUGACGCUAAAACUAUCUUCACAGGCCACACCGCUGUUGUUGAAGACGUAGCUUGGCACCUGCUGCACGAGUCGCUGUUUGGCUCCGUGGCAGACGACCAGAAGCUGAUGAUCUGGGACACGAGAAGUAACAACACCAGCAAGCCAUCUCACACUGUAGAUGCCCACACAGCGGAGGUCAACUGCCUCUCAUUCAACCCCUACUCUGAGUUCAUACUUGCCACUGGCAGCGCUGAUAAGACUGUUGCCCUUUGGGAUCUCCGAAAUCUGAAACUUAAGCUACAUUCCUUUGAAUCGCACAAGGAUGAAAUAUUUCAGGUCCAAUGGUCUCCGCAUAACGAGACGAUCCUUGCGUCCAGUGGCACGGACCGCAGACUACAUGUGUGGGAUCUCAGCAAGAUCGGAGAGGAACAAUCUGCGGAGGACGCAGAGGACGGCCCACCCGAGCUACUGUUCAUCCACGGUGGACACACAGCCAAGAUCUCAGAUUUCUCCUGGAAUCCUAACGAACCUUGGGUCAUCUGCUCCGUAUCCGAAGAUAACAUCAUGCAGGUUUGGCAAAUGGCUGAGAACAUCUACAACGACGAAGAACCUGAGACUCCGGCGUCAGAACUAGAAGCCGGGGCAUCAUAAGUAUCUAGCUGUACUCUCUGUGUUAACUUUAUACCUAAGUAUUUCUUCGUAUAAUAUAAUUCAAUAAAUACCUUUGUCAGUAAUUGAAAA